AUGACUUCCCAAGUCAAGACACCCUGGAUCGAAACCCCGCUCAUCGAGUCAGCCUCGCUAUCACGACUCAGCGGAUUCCGUGUAUUCCUCAAGCUCGAACUGCUACAACCCUCCGGCUCCUUCAAAUCCCGUGGCAUCGGUAAUCUAAUCCGCUCAUCGCUCACAAACCCUGCCAACAAGGACAAAAAAGUCCACUUCUUCAGCUCUUCCGGCGGCAAUGCCGGCCUCGCUGCCGUCGUCGCAGCCACAGAUCUCAACUGCGGCUGCACCGUCGUGGUCCCGCAUAGCACGAAGCCGUUCAUGAUCGCCCGGCUGCGGGAGAUCGGGGCCUACGAUGUAGUUCAGCACGGCGCGAGUUGGUUCGAAGCUGACUCGUACUUGCGGGAGACGUUUAUUGCAAAGCAGCCUCCUGCCCAGGAGGGGCGGGUGCACGUUUACUUGCCGCCAUUCGAUCACCCGGAUGUAUGGGAGGGGGCGGCGAGUAUGAUCCCUGAGAUUGAGAGGCAGAUGACAGCUAUUACCGGGGAGAGGGAGGAAGGGUUCCCGGCUGAUGUGAUUGUGUGCAGUGUUGGGGGUGGAGGGCUUUUCAGUGGGGUUGUGCUUGGGUUGGAGCGGUUUGCGAAAGAGAAGGGGGGGAAGGACGUGCAUGUUGCUGCUGGUCCCUGGGGGGCUUUGCGUGUUGCGGAGCAGGCUUAUUUGAAUGCGUCGUCGCCACCGGCUGGAGUCAAGGUUUCGAGUAUUGUGGGCUCCGAUGCGGAUGCUGCAAAGGGUAUCCUGCGGCUUGCGGAUGAGACUCGGCUGCAGGUUGAAUUGGCGUGUGGUAUCAGCGUGGAGAUGGCUGUGGCGGGACGCUUGAAGGAGGUUCUCCCAGAUCUUACGCCUGAGAGUCGGGUUGUGGUGGUUGUUUGUGGCGGAAGCAAUAUCAGCGCUGAGAUCAUUGCUGAUUAUAGAAAGCGAUUAGAGGCAGGGUGGGACUCAUGA